AUGGCUGCACAGUCAAGAUUCCAGCAAAUGAAUGACUGGAUGCAAACACAGCGUCAUAUAGGUGUCCAACUAAAUAAUGAAAGCAAAAAAUUAGCUGUUAUAAUUCAUUUCGCAAAUUUACCCACUUUGAAUGUCGAAAUUCAGUCGGUAGCAGCAAAAGCUAUUUUACACUUUACUGACUUAUUCAUUGUUGUAAUUGCCUUCGCUUUAAAAACUCGGUUUACUCAAAUUACUAAACGUAUCCUUCGUAACAGUCAAAAUGAGUCUGCACAUUUUUGGCAAACUAUUCGUGAAGAUUACAACAGAAUGGCACAACUUGUAGAACUUUUAAAUAAUCAUUUUUCCAACAUUAUUUUAUGCUCGUUAGGUUUCAACUGCUUUUGGGUCAUGAAGUUACUUUACAACUCUCUUAAGUACUGCAUCCUGUUAAACAAUGAAAGCAAGAAGCCGUCUUUCAUCAUCCAGUUUAGUGAUUUACCUACUACUCACAAUGUUGAGAUUGAAUCCAUUAUAGGGAAAACAGUAGUGCACUUUACUGAUUUAUUCAUUGUUAUAACUGCUCUUAGUUUAAAAGCUCGUUUCAGACAUAUUAGUCGUCGGAUUAGUGCUAACAUCAGAAAGAAACCUGGUCUGUGCUUUUGGCAGAGUGUUCGUGAAGAUUACGACCAAUUAGUGCGAUUUGUUAGGAACUGCAUCCAGUUAAAUAACGAAAGCAAAAAACCAGCUUUCAUCAUCCAGUUUUGUGAUGUACCUAUAGACAAUGUUGAGGUCAUGCGACUUUUAAAACAAAUUGAAUUUGACAGUGUAUAUUUUUCCGGGAACCGUUUAUUCCAAAUAAAAAAUGGAAUUGUUUUAAGCGUUGCAGGUGCUAUAGUUACGUACGAAUUAACGUUGUUUCAGGGUCAAAUGUUUUACAGAACAUAA